CAUACAUAGGUACUACAGAUGCAGCUGCUGUCAACAAAUUAUUAAAUCUACUUGUUAGUUAUUAUUCAAAUUACUAAACUUUAAACUUAGAGAUUAAAAUCUAAAUUAUAAAGUAAAUGGUAAUAGGUUAUUGCGUAAAGAAUUUAAAUAAUCGCAUAACUUAUAAUCAUAAAAUGGUCGACAAGAAAUAUUACACAACCAUUUUGUCUCAAACUUUUUCUCCGUGUGGAAAUUACUUAAUCACUGGUAACAACUAUGGUAUUCUAACAGUAUAUAAUUUAAAACAUGAAUUACAUUCGGAUAAUGAUCUCAGAGAUUCAGAAUUUUCAAAAGAUCAAUCUUAUGGAUUUGAAAUGAUAAGAAAAAUGCAAAUCAGUAGUUUAGCGUCCGGAGAUAAAUUUUUAAUAGUUGGCGGUGUUGGGUUAAUUGUGGGUGUGGAUUGGGAUACAAUUAUCGGUAGCAACUAUGAAGAAAAUUCUAAAAUUGAACCUUUAAGUAUCAGCUGGAGUAUAAACAUUCCUGCUCCCAAAGAUUCAAUGUUAACUGUAGAUGUUAAUUGUAUGAUCCUCAACAAAGAAGAUAACAUUUUAUAUGCUGGUUGUGGAGAUAACAUUGUUUACGCCUUCAAUUUAGAAUGCGGUGAUGUUAUACAUAAACUUGAAGGGCACAGCGACUUUAUUCACUCAAUUGAUGACUUAAAUGAUACUAUUUCAUCGGCAAGUGAAGACGGAUCCGUUUUAUUUUGGGAUAAACGUACUAAAACUUUUACAUCUAAAAUAAUUCCCAGCAGUAAUCCAGCUAUUAGAAGACCAGACUUAGGGAAUUGGAUAGGUUCCGUUACAAUCACUAAAGAUUGGAUGUUGUGUGGUGGUGGAACUAAAUUGUCGUUAUGGAACCGUUCCAUGGCUGCUCCGAUGACUGUUUAUAAUACUACCGAAGAUUCUGGAAUACACGUAACUAAACUGAUGGACGAAUCAUUGUAUGCAGGAGGGUGUUCUAAAUAUUUUUAUCAGCUAUCGUUUACUGAUGAAGUGAUGUGUAAAAUUGAAACUAGUCCAGUAACGGUCUUCAGUUGUGUUAGUCAAGACAGUCCUUUCAAGGUAAUGUGUCUUGCUGGUUCUAGUAACAAAAUAGACGUCUGUACCAACUUGAAUUACAAAAUGACUACUCUAGGACUUUAAAUUUAAUUUUUAAUUUUAAAUAUAAUAAAUAAAAGAAGACAAUGUUUGUAUUUUUUUUCUUUGAGAAUUAUGAUGAUUAUGAUAAUUUAGUUAUCAUCCUAUUGUAUUUUCUAUUUUUUUUUCUUUUCUAUUUUAUUUUUUAACUGUUAAUGUAUAAAAUAAAUUAAUAUUUUUGAUAUUACCAAUAAAUACAAUGUAUAUUUUUUAUUAUAAUUUAUAUGUCAACUAAAGAUACGCCAAAUAUUUUUUCCGAAA